AUGCUUAAUGCCUUUGAUGCGAACGAUUUUGGGCCCACUAUGGGCCAACUUGGAGCCGCUGCUGCCGCUGCCGCAGCGGCUGCUCAGCAACGGCAUCCGACCGUCUGUUCACCAACUAGUGCAGCGUCGCGAACUGUUCCUAUGUCCAUAGGUUCUUUUGCUAGGUUUUCCACUGCCUUGGCUCUUGCUUAUUUUCUGUUAUUGAACACUUAA